AUGAAGAAGGAAGACCAGACGAGGUCCCUCUUGGGAAUUUCGUUGACCGAUAGGCCCACGUGGCAGCAGUUUUUGAUUUGCUCAUCUGGGUUUUUCUUCGGCUACCUCGUCAACGGGAUUUGUGAGGAAUAUGUAUAUAACCGCCUGAAUUUCAGCUAUGGCUGGUAUUUUACCUUUGUACAAGGCUUUGUGUAUUUGGUGCUGAUAUACUUACAGGGGUUCACCACCAAGCAAAUGGUGAAUCCAUGGAAAAUGUAUGUCAAGCUCUCGGCUGUCCUAAUGGGUUCUCAUGGAUUAACAAAGGGCUCCUUAGCUUAUCUCAAUUAUCCUGCACAGAUCAUGUUCAAAUCCACCAAGGUGUUGCCGGUGAUGGUUAUGGGUGCAUUUAUUCCUGGCUUGAGAAGGAAAUAUCCGGUCCACGAGUAUAUCUCGGCCAUGCUCCUAGUGAUCGGCCUUAUUCUUUUCACUUUAGCGGAUGCAAAUACGUCCCCUAAUUUUAAUAUAAUUGGGGUUGUGAUGAUUACGGGUGCCCUAGUGAUGGAUGCUUUUCUAGGCAACUUGCAAGAAGCAAUCUUUACCAUGAAUCCCGACACCACUCAGAUGGAGAUGCUAUUUUGCUCGACGGUGGUUGGUUUGCCCUUCCUGUUGGCACCCAUGAUCUUGACUGGAGAGUUAUUCAGGGCAUGGACGUCUUGUUAUGAGCAUCCUUAUGUAUACGGCGUGCUAGUCUUUGAAGCAAUGGCUACAUUUAUCGGUCAAGUCUCUGUUUUGUCACUCAUUGCGCUUUUUGGGGCUGCCACCACUGCUAUGAUAACUACUGCAAGAAAGGCUGUAACUUUGUUGUUGUCCUACUUAAUAUUCACCAAGCCGCUCACCGAACAACACGGUUCGGGUUUGCUCCUCAUAACGAUGGGGAUCGUGCUGAAGCUUGUUCUUGAUAGCAAAACUCCUAACAGAGCUGUUUCACCCUCCACCACCACAACAGACCGAAAAAUGCAUAGCAAAGAAGCUAACAGACAAAGGGGAAUCGGAGGUGGCGAAGAUGAUGAAGAGAAAAGGCCGCUCGUCUAA